AUGGUAAGUAAUGUAAUACAAACUCUCAAACUUAAUUUUCUCCUUUCUGACAAAUAUUUAUGCUGCAUAGGCAUGAAAAAACUUAUAUGGCAUUGAAUUGUUUUUGUUGUUGUUUUUAUUCUUUAUUACAUCCUUUAUUUUGAGACCCUACACUACUGUUUCUAUUUCAGCAUGUACUGCAAACCCUAUAAAUUUUUAUUUUAAUAUAGGCUAUACACUUUGUGUCCUGCUACACUUUACACUUUGAUGUUCCCCAGGGCCACAUUUCUCCCGUACAUAUCUGUUGCUGUUUUUUGUUUUGUUUUUUGUUUUUUCAGGUAUCCUAGUACCUACUGGAAUGGAGGACAAGGGAUUGGGUGGGGCCAUAACAGUCAGAAUCGCAUGCAGUGGCUGUGGAAAUAGUAUUCACUAUGCUAGUAGCAUGGUUUGCUUAACAGAAAGGAGGAGGAACUGUUUGUCUCUUGCCUUGGGCCUGUGCUUUCUUAUUUGGGGGCAUGGAUACCCUAUUUACCAUAAAGUUUUGAGGUUGGGUUUGGGACUACAAACCCUUGCUUAUAAAAAUUUCUUUCAUAGUAUAAGAAUUGCUCAUCCAUUUGUUAAGACUGUCCUGGAUCAAAUAUGUGAAAUGGGCAAAAAUGAGAUGAAAAUGAAAAACCCUUCAACGCUUGGAAGCUGGAAGAAGGCAGUUACCACCUCUGAUGGCUGUUGGCUGAUAAGGGGACACCAUAGUCAGUGCUGUACAUUUGUAGUUAUCAAUUUUUUAACAGGGUGUACGCUUUACUAUGGGCAUUCUUAUAUGAGAGGGUCAAACAAUAUUUGUGACUCUGAGUUAUGGGAGGGAACUUCAAAAGCUGCUGAGGGGCACUUGGCAGAGGUUUGUUUCAACAAAGCUAAAGAGGAGGAAAUGGUUAUUGCAGUUAAUUGGCAAGAUGCUGACUCCUCAUCAGCAAAAUCAUUUCGGUAACAGGAACAGCAAAAGAGGUAACAUAUAUUUGAAAAUUUUGCACAUGGAUUAGUACUCUACCUACUGUAAAAUUAUUAUUUUUGUUAUAGGAAGUUUUAGACAUGUAGGAUGUCUUGAGUAAAUAUCAAAUGUCACAAGACUGAUAAUGGACCCUUGUCGAGUGGCAGCCAUUUUGUCUCAGGAGAUUUAAAAAGCUUUGCUUUUGCACCCCUAGCCUCGUAGAUAGAACGAGGCUAGGAGGACCUAGGAGGUCCAUUUUGACUGGUUUGGGGUACCAGUAACAGCUGGACCAGCGUGCAAAGAAAGUCGUGUCCGAUAGCCUGGGGCUAGUGGAUUUUGCUAUUGGGCUAGUGAUUUCUGUUCUUGACUUGUUCAAUGGGCAAGUGCUGUUUUUUUGGGAAAUUCAAAUUACAGAAGGAUUGUAAUCAAUGCUGCUAAUCAAAAAAGGUUUUGGGGCUAGUUGAAAUGAAUUGUGGGCUAGUACAUGCUAGCUACAGCUUGCCCGAAUGGCAGGCUGUAAAAACUGACUUUCUUUGCACCCUGUGGACAACGUGUAAUUUUUAGGACUCCAUAUAAAACAAAACUGUUUAGAAGUAUAACAUUAGUAAGAUGGGGAUGGCCAUGAAGCCAAGGGAGGCUUGUUAAUGAAUUGUUCAAGAAUUUUUUUUUCUGACCCUAACAAUCCAAACUAAUAAUAAGCUUUCUGUAUUGUGUUUUAUUUAGACGACAAUACACAAAACGUCAAAGAAUCAUCCACCAAAUGGCCAGACAGCUGAUGAGGAACUCGAUGAAGAAGAAGCUACAAGGGCAGUUGAGGAAAAUUUACAAAUCCAACAAACUCAGGCAGCUACUAAAGCUUGUGUCUGUGGUGGCACAGACCAUUUGCGAAGGUCAAGUGUGUGCUGCCCAUUAA